CUUAUCGUACCUGAAAGCGAUAAAUAGUUCAUAAAUGUGUAAUUUUUGGGAUAAAUUGCAUGAACAUUCUAAGGACAUGACACUACAACCCACAAACAAGAAGCAUUAUGUAGAAAGUGCCCGCGUCUAUAUGAGAAGUGACUCCUCCAUUCUGAUUAAAUGCUGCCUUUGCAAUGCGGACACUUUUGCCGGUGACAAGUGGAAGGAAUUCAUGAGACACCUGGCUCAAAAGCAUGGAGAAAAAGGUAGAUUUAAUGUAGAUGAGGAUGAGAUCCAGGACGAGGUUGAGGUGGAGAUGACCAACCUCCUAGAGGCAUCUAUUGCCCAGGAAUCCAAGUUGGCGAAGAUGCAGGAAUCGAUCAUCGAUAUGGAAUUUCGGGAGGAUGAGGCUGAGCCAAGCUUUUUACCAGAGGACGAGCAGGGUCAUGAUGUCUUCGAAAGCAGUAGCCGCCAUGACCACAUCUCUAACAAACCCAACAAAGCCUUUUACAGCCUGCAGCGCACCAACCCCGGAGUUAUCCAGUAUUUCAUACAGCUACUACGGAGGCACAAAUUUUUCUGGAUAACUGAGAACGGGAUCAAUAGGAAAGAUCGCAUGGACAACUCCCAAAAAGUGGCCGAGGCACUGUUCCAUCGAUUUCACUUUCAGUUGAACCCACAGGUGGUCAAUGCCAGUGCCCGUUUCCUGCAAGUCUGGUUCGAGCGGCAGUAUGUAAUGCAGUUAAGCAACUCGGAUUUCCACUGCCGCUAUCCAAAAUACUAUCACAGCUUGCUUAAAUUCAUGCCCACAAACCACAUAUCAGUGACCAUUUGUGAGGAGUGCGACCGACGGUUUCUUAACGAGCGCCAACUACGGCUGCACAAAUUCCGCGUCCAUGGGGGACCCAAUCCUAAUGUCUGUCAUGUCUGCCACCAGAGCUUUUCACUCGCCUCCAAACUAGAACAACACCAGGCACGGUACCACUUUAAGAGGCCGGAGUGGCAAUGCAACAGAUGCGAUUACAACGCACCUUCCAAGUGGGACUUCCAACAGCACCAGACCAUGCACGCCGGACAAAGGAACUUUAUCUGCGAGGUGUGCGGGCACAGUUCGAAGACCAGCUCCGCACUGGCCGUUCAUCGGCGAACUCACGAACAACCAAAACUAAGUUGUCCGCAAUGCAACCGGCAAUUUCGAGAAAAUAGCACAUUGAAAAACCACAUCCGAAAAUUUCACGACGGUGACAGUGCGCGGAAUCUUUCCUGCGACUUCUGCUGGCGUAGAUUCCAGACGCUGGAGAUGCUGAAGCUUCAUAAGCUGGUUCACAUCCAGAGGGGAGAAAUGGAAUCAGAGGAGGAAGAUCCAGAGGUACUGGAGACAUUCGUUAAUUAAGUUUCGGUAGCAUUUCUGAGGAGGAGGUUCCACUGCUUGUCAAAUGCCACCAGUUCACCCUCUACACUGCCGCCCACCGAUCGGUGCUUGCGAAUCACCACCCGAACUCGUCU